AAGAUGUGCAUGUUUUGAAAGUAAUUUGCCACCGAAUUAUGAGUAGACUGUAGUUCACAUGCUCUGUCACAGGCUUUCUUCGGUCGAAUCAUGGCAUAUGAAGGGUUUCUUGUGAUUUUGCCAUUAUUUGUAUCUACUUGUCAAGCCUUUAGAAGCCAGAAAGGCUUUAUCUGUGAAAAUGGAAACCUGAAAGCAUUGUGAUGUCGACGCGAUGGACACGAGAAUAUUUAAGGGAAGGUUUGAGUUGGAGGGCUUCUCGAUUAGAGUUGAAUGUUGUUAGAUGCCUUUGAACGCUUUUGGUCUGGAUUGGAAUCUCUGCCAUCUCAUAAUUAUAGACUUUUAAAUGCAGAUGCACGAUCAGUAUGAUACAGCGCUACACUUAUUCAAAGGUUGUGAAAAGGGCACAGGAGUCGUGACGAUUGCCUUGUAAAAAAUGAAUGUGAGCAUUGUAUCGCACGGUGUGUCGUCUGCUCCGGAUUGUCACGUAAUGCAGAAUGACCUAAGUCGGAUAAGUGUGCACUGCUUGUGGUUAAAGGCAGCACAGAACUCCCAUGUAGUCAUUUAAGCAGUGAAUGAAGAUAAAAGUGUGGCUGGGAUAUCCUUUCGCAGCUUUGUGCACAUCUUGUUUGUGAAAAUAAUUAUUUGUACAGGUUCAUCUUGUCUACAGUUGGAGAUCAUCUCUGGUGUAUUCGUCGCUUCUGGGCUUAUGUCUUGAACGUAUUUACUAUUCAGCAGGACUGAGACUUGAAUACACAACGAUAAGUUUAUAUUGCUGCUAUCUGUGAAAGAAUUCUUUUUCAGCUAGCUGUCCGUCUUUUGCUGUAGUAAGGUAGUAGUGUUAUGCUGAGUGCAGCAGAGAUUGAAAUGAAAGCAAGAACUGCAGUUAACGUUUGAGUCUAGCACAGGGAACUAGUAAGAAACUACAUGAAACCCAAUGUUUUGAAUAUCAGGGAUACCAGAUUUCUGGAUAUCUGGCCAUGUCAGAUCAGAUGUCUACAGGAUACACAAAAUAUGAACUGUCCAUGCUGAGUAUAGAGUUGCUUCAACAAGGAUCCUUUUCUGAGAAAGAUUUUACAAAAGUAAGAUAGCAAAAAUUAUACAAUUUAACUAUGGAGACGGACAAUAAAGAAAGAAAAAUGGGAUUCUGUGGAUCAAAGUCUGAUGCAAUGAGGGUUGAAGAUGGUGUCUUACAAAAUGAAUGCUUUGUUGAUGUUCUCAACAUCAUUCCACAUGCAACAAUUUCCCUUAUUGGCAUUUUCAUUGUUACUGUCUGGAACCAUUCUGUCAUGGGCAAGCUGAAAGCAAAGACUUGGGUGCAUUUUCAGGGUCAUAACUUCCGCUGGGUCCUCAACCUGGCCCUUCUACUUGUGGUCAUCUUUGAAGUUGCAGAAGGCGUUAUAUCUGAUUCCAAUGAUCCUGACUCAACAAAUUAUCAUACAUUUGUUCCACAGUGUCUAGCUUUUGUUGGGGCAUUGACAGCAAUUAUCUACUACCAUAAGGUUGAGAUCUGGAACUCGCCAAAAUUUCUUCUUGCAUUGUUGAUCUACUGGCCUUCCUCAUUUAGCCUCAAAUUCCUGAAAGUGUUUUCUAUGUACAAAAAUGACAUUACCUGGAGACACCUCAAAAUGUGGCUUGCAUGGACUGUCAUUAUUUUGUACAUCCUGCUUUUUCUUGUGGAACUAAAUCUCCUGAGAUUACAGAGGUACUCAUUCUUCAAACACAGUCGUCGUUUGAAACCUCCCCAAGAUUUAGCAAGAACACGUUUUAUUCAGUCUUACGUCAACUUACUAUCUCAGGCAGUGUACUGGUGGGUCACAGACAUCAUGAUUCUAGGGUACAAGCGUCCCUUGCAAUUAAGUGACCUUGGUGAAUUGCCUCAGAGUGAGAAAGCAAUCAGGCAGUACAAAAAACUUCAAAUAAUUUUUGAGGAAGAAAAGGCAAGAGCAUCUCAGUGCAACCAGACGCCAUCCUUCACCAAAAGCUACCUGAAAACCUACUGGAAAAUGCUAUGCCUGGCAGCCUUAUUUCGACUUUUAGGGGAUCUCCUGGCUUUCGUAGGCCCAAUACUUAUAGAGCACAUAGUUGGUUAUGCAUAUGAUGUACUGCAAAGGGAGUCUUAUGCCAAUAUCACUAUGAAGAGGGAAGGUAUAGUGACUGUGCGCCAGUUCUUCUGGAAUGGCUAUACUCUCUGUGUUGUACUGUUCUUAGCAUCAUUACUUCAAAACACAUUCAUCCAGAAUCAUCACUUCCUUGUUACCAGAGAAGGUAUUCGCCUUCGCUCAGCGGUACAGGCCAUGGUAUAUAGCAAAGCCCUUCGACUAUCAUCUCUAGUCCUAAGCAAUGGUCAGAUAACUCCAGGACAGAUCAUCAAUCACAUGUCAGUGGAUGCCACAUUCCUCAUGUACUUCUUCUACUUUGUACACUACAUCUGGGCUGUACCUGUACAGGUUAUCAUCACAUUAGGAAUUCUGUACAUGAAGUUGGGCAUCAGUGCUGUGAUUGGUGGCCUUUUUGUAGUAUUUUGUGCACCCUUCAUGUACUUAUUUGGAGUGUGCAUGUCAAAGAUUCAAAAGAAAGUGCUGGUCCAGUCUGAUGCACGGGUCAAAAAGGUUAACGAGGUCGUACAAGGAAUUAGAGUUAUUAAGCUGCUGGCCUGGGAGGAUGCUUUUGUGCACAUCAUAGAGGCAUCACGAAAAAAGGAGAUUGGUUACCUCAUUCCACAGUCUUGUGUAAAGGGUCUUAUGGGUGUGAUCGGAAUGGCAGCACCAGUUGUUGGGGCAGUGCUUACAUUUGUUCUGCACGCAUUCUUAAGCACGGAGCCAAUGACUGCUGGUGUAGUAUUGUCCAUCCUGGCUUUAUUCAACUUGCUGUCAGGACCACUGCAGCUUCUGUCAAUGGUGUCAACAUCGGUGGCCAAUGCACGGGUCAGCAGCCGAAGACUGAAGCCAUUUCUGCUAGCGCCAGAAAUCAGCCGGCACCCUUCACCAUCCAUGUCUAGUGGGAGGUUUACUUCAUCUGUCAUGGGUGACCCUAUUUCUGAACAUUCCGACAAACUUAUGGACACAAUUGUGUGCAUGGAUCCAGAUGUAGACCAAACGGAGAUGACACCACUUCGGAAUGAACUGCAUCAAGUAGAUAAUGCCUCCUGCCGUAGUAGCAGCAUCCUUUCCUGUAGUAGUGUUGGGGCCUCUAAGAGCCACAGUAGACAGAACUCUGGAGACUCCCUCCUGGAUGUCUUUGAUGGACGACCAAGUAGCCUCACUCGCAAUGCCACAAGCUCCGAGUUGCUGGAUGUCAAGCCUCUGACACUAAUUCGCAAGUCAAGUGCUCCAGCACUGGGUAGUGGCAAUGAACAUCAGUCAGAGUUCAAACGUCGACGGCACCACAGUGGUAUCUCAGUCUCUGAUGUGGAGGACAUAGCUGAAGACUUUUCAUACAUGGAACUGCGUAAUGUUGUCAAUGUUUCCAAUGGCAGCUUCUCUUGGAGCCUGGACAACAAGGAAGCAGUUCUGAAGGAAAUAAACCUUAAAAUUCCCAUGGGUAAACUCACAAUGAUAGUGGGACAGGUAGGAUCAGGCAAAUCAUCUCUCCUAUCAGCAUUGCUGGGUGAGAUGAUUACUUUGAGCGGAGCGGUGGAAUGGUCUAGUGAUGUGAGGGUGGCCUAUGUAUCUCAGACUCCAUGGCUGUUAAAUGCUACUUUGAGAGACAACAUCCUUUUUGGGUCUUCUUAUGUAUGGAGAAAGUACAAGAAAAUAAUUACUGCUUGUGCCCUCGCCCUAGACAUUGAACAGUUGCCUAGUGGAGACCUUACGGAAAUAGGUGAAAAGGGAAUUAGUCUAAGUGGGGGCCAAAAACAAAGAGUAGCCAUUGCACGGGCACUUUACUCUGGCGCAGACACCAUUAUCAUGGAUGAUCCUUUAUCAGCUCUGGAUGCACACGUUGGACGUCAUGUGUUUGAAGAAGCUAUCAUGAAACGACUGGUGAAGAGAAAAAAAACUGUGAUUUUAGUUUCUCACCAUGUGCAGUAUUUGUCACAUGCAGGCCAGGUAAUUGUUGUGGCGGAUGGUGGAAUAUACUACCAGGGCAAGGUAGGAGAGGUCAAAAAGUUUGACUCCGAACUGUAUGAGUCAUGGCGGAAGUCAAUCAAGGAGGCACGAGCCAGCGAACACAAACAUGAUGCUGAGCAUCUGUCAGUAGAGAGAAAACACAGCAGUGGAAGCAAUGUUAUUCAUGACAUCACACGUCAGCCAUCAGUUCAGUCCCAACUUAGUGUGCCGCAAAUGGCACUCAAUGCACGUAAGAUGUCACAGAUGUCUCAGAUGUCUGUUAUGACAGAAGCAAGCAAUGAAGACACAGCUGAUCAAGAGGAGGAUGAGGAGAAGGAUGAGAUGGAUCCUGCUGAUGAUCGAGGUCGCAUGAUCAAGCCUGAACAUAAAGAGACCGGUGCCGUGGCAUUGUCUGUUUACCUGCGGUACCUGUCUGCUUGCUCCAUCACCCUUUGCGUCAUCAGCCUCAUUUUCCAGCUUGUGUACCAUUCUAUCUUGGUGACUGCAAACUACUGGCUGACCUUGUGGUCCAUAGCUGUACAGACAGCAGCUUCCCAUGCUCAUAACGAAACCCUUUCCAAUACUUUAAACUACAGCAGCUUGUCAGACUCUCAGGAGACCAGUUUUCAGUGGUAUCUUCAUGUUUAUGUGGGCUUAUCCUCAGCAUCUAUUCUUGCGGGUUUCAUUGCAACACUCAUUGUCCUCAUUUCUGGAACAUAUGGUGGCAAAGUCUUGUACAUAAACAUGCUUCGCAAUGUUGUGCAUUUACCUAUGAGGUUUUUUGAUACAAAUCCCAGUGGACGAAUUCUCAACCGCUUUUCUGCUGACAUUUCUUCAAUCGAUCAACGCAUGGCAGGCAAUGUGGAAAACCUUUUGCGCUGCAUCUUGUACAGCCUGUCUGCCAUUAUUGUCAACUGUAUUACCACCCCUUACUUUUUGCUGGCUGCACUCCCCCUUGCUGUGCUUUAUUAUCUGCUCCAGCGUUUCUUCAGACAUACAUCGAGAGAGCUGCAGCGUUUGGAUAGUGUCACAAAGUCCCCCAUCUUUGCCCAUUUCUCAGAGACACUGUCUGGCUUGCAGACCAUUCGUGCUUACAGGGCUGAAGGGGAGUUCCGACGCCGUGCUAUGCAGGCCAUUGACAACAAUGUCAAACCUUUUCUCUUCCUCCAGACAGCAAACCGCUGGCUCGGAAUUCGUCUGGACUAUAUGAGCUGCUUGUUGGUGUUUGCAUCUGCUUUAGCCAGUCUCAGUACUGGGAUUCUGGGCCAUAUCAACCCUGCCUUCGUUGGCCUGUGCAUAACCUAUUCUCUUAUGAUUUCAGGGCAGCUAAACUGGAUUGUCAGGAUAUCAGCUGAUGUAGAAAUGGCAAUGAAUGCAGUGGAACGAAUCCUAGAGUACACAGACUUGCCUUCAGAGACAAAUCAAAAUGUACAUGAGAAAGAUGCUGAUGUGGAAGAUGAGUCCUGGCCAGCUCAGGGUCGAGUGGAGUUCAAAGGGGUUACGCUGGCAUAUGACAAAAAUCUUGAUCCUGUUUUAAUCAAUGCAUCCUUUGUUGUCAGUCCUGGUGAAAAGAUUGGAGUAUGCGGGCGCACAGGCAGCGGCAAGUCUUCAACAGUGCUGGCACUGUUUCGAAUGUUAGAGAUCAUCGAGGGUGAUAUUUUAAUUGAUGAUACGGACAUCACUCGCAUUCCCUUGCAUCAUUUGCGCUCAAGGCUGGCCAUCAUACCCCAGGACCCAGUCCUAUUCUCUGGAACUAUCAGGUUUAACCUUGACCCUGAAAGUAAAUGGUCAGAUGAGCGCCUCUGGAGUUCAUUAGAGUCUGUCCAGAUGAAAGAAACCAUUCAGUCACUUCCUGAGAAACUUGAGGCAAUUGUCACAGAAGGAGGAGGAAACUUCAGUGUUGGUCAAAGACAGUUACUCUGCAUGGCAAGAGCUAUAAUUCGCAAUUCCCGCCUCAUCGUACUGGAUGAAGCUACAGCUUCUAUUGAUAUGGAGACUGAAAGAAAAGUUCAGGACAUAGUUCAUGGUCCAAACUUCUGUGGCCGAACUGUCAUUACUAUUGCACAUCGUAUCUCUACCAUCAAACAAUAUGACAGAGUGAUGGUUCUUGAUUUUGGAAGGCUAGUGGAGUUUGGUUCUCCUUCAGAACUUUUGGCUGACCCACACAGUAUUUUCUACUCACUUGCCAAUGCUUCUGACCCAAGUACCAUGGCAACUAAGAAACUGUCUAUCAUCAGCGGUAUUACAGAUUAAAGCAUGAAAGGUUUUUAAAAGCAACUAAGUUGUGAUAGUACUCAUCACAGUUUUAAUUUGAAGGGUUCUGAUUUCUGAAUUUAUUUCUGGCAGUGAGAUUGCCUGAAUAAUAAAUCUUUCUUAGGGUCUCUUUGGGAUGAUACCAAGGUAAGAAUAAAUAUAUACCAAAGUAAGAACAAAUAUAUACAUUUCUUGUUGAAAAUAGUUCUAAGACGUUAAUGUAUAAAAUAUGUCAUUUGGUCUUAUAACUUUUGAGAAAAUUUGAACAUGACAUGGUGUCAGAAUGUCUUGUUGAUACUAUAAUAAUCAUGACAUUAGAAGUGUUGCAAUUUUAUUUGGUGAAUCACAUUUUUGUGACAUGACAGAUGUUUUCAGCAUCCAUUGGCAUCAUGUUUUAGUGCUGAAGCUUUUACCUGGUACUCAGGCUACAUCAUUGAUUGUGACACUGUUAACAUCUACGUGUCAUGCUUGGGGUAGGUCGGGUAUCUGCCAUAUUUUUGUAUAGUCACAAAGAAAUAUGUCUUGACUGGUUUGCAAGGAAAAUUGUGAACAAGUAUCUGAACUUGUCUCCCUUCUCAUUCAUUGUUACAUAUAAUCUUUUUCAUAUUGUACGCAUAAGCAUUAAAAGUGUUGUUACAGAAAAGCAUCAGUGCUACCAUUUUUAAAUGUUUCAUUCUUUCACAUGAUAUACAUUUACAUCAGAAAGUGCAAUUAGAGUUGUUAAGGGAAAUUUUCGUUUUUAGUCAACUAAUAUUUCUUUGUACCUAAUUGCAUUGUAUUCACCUCAAAUGUGCAGAAAAUGCAAAAGAAAUUCUUCUCCAUGGCCCAUUUAGGGCUGGGCAACUGAUCUUUUAUUUGUCAUAUGCAUUUUUGUCAGCUUCUUUGAUAGUAAUCUUAGUUACCAGUGUUCAUGUAUGUGACUUUUUGCAGUUGAAUGGUGCUUUGACUUUGUCCUUGCAUUGCUCUUUGUUAAUUAUUAAUUUAUACAAUGUUGGUCAGAUGACUGUUGUUAUUCAUUUAAAAUGUUGGUCAAAUGACUGUUGUUAUUUAAUUGAAGUGAUUCAUCAGAUGGCUUUUAUGCAGAACAAAAAUCUAUAUUUACAGUACUUCAUUUGCCACAAAGUAUUUUGAAAUAUAUUUGUUUUAGAAUGCAUUGUGCUGGUUUAAAAAUAAGUUUGUAGAAAGGAAAUGUAAUAAUACAGAGGAAAGUGCUUUAGGUUUCACUGUCACAGGCUACUUUUUAUGUCAGUUUUAUCAGGUCAUUUGCUCCAGCUGCCUAUUAAAUCACUGUUUGCAUCAACACUAGACCCUCUAUCCUUGUAAAUAUGGAUUUUGUGUCCAAUUUUGGUUCUAUUUUGACACUGUGUGGCUUGUACCAUCUAGUCAUAUUGAAGUUGUCAUUUAAAAUCGGUUUGACAUUCACUUCAAACAUUGAUUUUUAUCAUGAUCAAUUAAGAAUAAAAUAAUUGGGUGAUGCUUUCAUAAGUUGGCAAACAAAACCUGUUGCAGCUAUCGUAAUCAUGAGUGGUUUCUUCCAUAACAUAUGAAAUCAUGAGACAUCUGAAUUUUUCUUUAAAAGGAUAUAUUUUAUAAUUUGUGGUUGUUUUAUACAUUUUACUUUUGUGAGCUGUUCUGUUCAAAGGCUAAAAUGUAUGGUUUAUUAAAAACAUUUCGCACAAAUUUUAUUGAGUUAUUUAAACACAAACUCCCGCAUGUUCAGUAUAAUGUGUAUGACCUCUUUGGUAGAUACUAGUGACGUUUAGAUUGCUGGACAAAUACAUGAGGAACACAUGUAUGCUGUCAGUCUAUAAUUACCCCCAACAGAUAGAGGUUUUAUAUAGUGUUACCAAAUGUUAUUUUUGUUUUGUAUCUAUUGAUGUUUAGUUGGCUGAGUGGUGUUUCUCAUUUAUUGUGUACAAGUAUUGCUGUUGAUAUGGCUGUUUUGUUAAAUUGGGUGUUGUAUGAUUAAAUAUUUGUUAAUUUAUCCACAUGUGCACAUUUCUAGUACUAAGUAUUCUGCAGUUAAUGAAUGAUCGUACCUGGUGUGAUAUGCAUAUAUCAUGUAACAUGAGUAGUUCUUUUUUCUGGAAGAGGUUUGAGGCUCCCAAGGGACAGAUGCUUCAUGUAUUUGAUUUUAAAACCUUGAAUGUAACAGUUGAGACACUGCCAUUAGGAGAGUAAGUGCAGAUGGUGAAUUUACUGAAAGGAGUUUAUGUCCUGCCGUUUAUUAAACAAUAUCUUGGAAAUUGCAAACAUAUUGUCAAAUAAUGUCUUGGAAUGUGUAAUCCCCACUUACAUUAUAUAAGCAGGCCCAUUCUGUCAUUUAAUUUUGGAAUUCAUGAAUAUUCCAGAUGUCUAUAGCAUAGGACUAGCAUAUUUCCCUGCAUAUUACAUCAUAGAAUAUAUUUAGGAAAUGUUUGAGACUGUCACUAGAAUUUAGGUUUAUUAUUAUUUUAGCAACAUUUUAUUUUACUAUUUGAGCAACAUUCAGACUAAAGAUUUACACAUGGUGUGGUCUCUAGCUGGGCACAGUGAUUGCCUGAUGCUUAUUUUUUUAUAUAAUGUAAAUAUAGAGUGAUGUUACUUGCAUAUGUAUAUUUUGAAAAGACUUUUGAGAAUUUUGGAGGGAAAGUAAUUGAACACUAUGUUAUUGAGCAUAUUUAGACCUAAUUUUUCAUGAAAAAAACAACAUAUAGCAGUGAUCGUUUUAUUCCCAUCAAUAGAUCUAAUUUAGGUGCAUGUUUCGUAGAAAGUGCUUAUACUUAUUCAAAAACUUUACUGAACUACGAGUAGAGGUGACCAAGCACAGGACUGUAGCAAGAGGACUAGAACAAUUCUUCUCAAAGGACAUGUGAAUAUGCACAAGCAGUUAUAGCAGAUCAGAAAAUGACUCUAGUGUUCAUAUGGCUUCCUAUCUGGCAUGUUUACAGCAUCCAUGGAAUUGGACGUCAAAAUAGCUUAGGAUGUAAUGAAAGAUUUUUUAAAAAAAGAAGAAAAGAGUAAGGAGCUUUGAGACAUCUUGGCCGGUCACCUCUAAUAAGUCUGAGUUUGAUUUCAGUAUUUAAUUGUACCAAUUGCAUUUUUACUAUUUAAAUGGUUACAGAAAGUGUUCCCACCUAUUUAGCACUAAGGGUGUAUAAUACAUUUUGUCUAAAAUUUCGUGAUUUGAUCACACAGUGCAUGCAGCUAAGUGUGUACAAACAUAUUCAUGGACACAAAAAGAAAAGAUUUAAAUUUGUACCAUAUGUCACUUAUAUUUACUUAUAGCAUAUUUGUAAGUAUAUAAUGACUGAAAGGACUUUUGUAUAUUAAAAAUAAUACAAUAAGAAAUACUAGUAAUAAACUCAAAAAUAUUGUAUGAUUGAUGUACAGAGCAUAUAUUAGGCCAAUAAAGCAUUUAAGUAUUACCUUAAUUGUCAGUGCAAAUACACACUCGGAUUCUCUUUCUGGCUUCCAGGCCUAGUACUGUGUAGAAUUGCAUUCUGAAAAUAAAUAAGCUGUGACAACCAAGAGAAGCUUUUGAAGACAAAUCCAAUUAUUGUGCCUAAUGUGUUCUUAAAUGGUGUAGACUAAGCUGCGAACAAAAACUUGAAUUGUGCCUAUUAAUAAUGUUACAUUAUCGAGAAGGAAUAAACCACCAUAUAUUCCAAUUUUGAUCCAUAGAAGAGUGUCAUCAGUGAUGAAUUUAUUUAUUAUUUAAAGCUGAUUGUUGGAGACUGUUGUAAAGUUAGUGGACUGAUGAAAUUUGUAUUAAUUAUAGCAAUGCAUAAACUCUUGUGAUAGUUUACUUUUUAAAGCAACCAUUCCUGUCAUGGUGCUUCAGGAUGGAUGGAGUAUAUGGUGAUAAGAUUUAUUAGUAAAAUGCUUUUAAAGAGAUAUAUGUUUAACAAGCCAAAUUACCUGAAUUUAAGAAAAACAUGUUUUAAAAUUAUUUACAGUGACACAUAUUAAUGAAGGGGAAAAGGUUUUGGAAAUGAAAGCAAAUUGUGAUGACUACUGAUGUUUCAGAGCAAGCAAUUUUUUUUUUCCUCUUCAUGAUGCAAAUCAAGGUAAUCAGAUGAAAUAUCAAGGGCUAUCAUGAAGUAUCAUGGGCUUAUACAUUUUGGUUUCUGUAUCUUCGUUCUUUUAAUUUAAAAAACUGAAUCCAAAUAAAACUUUAAACAGUGAUCUAAAAAUUAUUUAUCAUUUAAAUAUUGUGUCUUACUGGAGAUAGAUAUUCUCAAAAUCAAAAGAAGUUCAUAAAAAAUAUCUUACAUCAUCUAGUUCUUGAAUAAUUUGCUGUUCAAAAAUUAACAAAGUUCAAAAAAGGAAGAGAUAUGCAGAAUAUAUAGUAAACCAUCAGCUUGUCCACAAGUCCUUGUUUCCAGUUGGACUGUUAUAAACAAACUUAAGUGAGCUAAAAGGAACAAACCUGAAAAAGAAAGAAUUUUUUCUUUCAGGUUGCUUUUACAUUUUUGGAAAAGUAGUCACUACUUCUAUUUUGCCAGUGUUUAUACAAUCUUCCACCUGCUGCUAGUCAGGAAGCUCCUAAAAUCAAAUAUGUUUUUGCAUUUUACCUGCAUGUUGUUGAUGUUGUGUAUUUCCUGUAAAAUGCUUCGUGUCAUUUUGUAAAAGCCUUGUGUCUUACUUUCUCUUUCUUUUCUAUUUUAUCUCACUUUAUCACUAUACACACUGCCUUUCCAUAACAGGGUUAGGUCUCAACUGGCGUUGCUAUCGUUCAGUAUUAUUUACUGAUGAUAAUAUACCGUAGUAAUUCUGUUAUAUUUUUAUGCAUUUUAAUUUUUUUUUUCAGUUUCACAACUAAAACUCACAUUUUAUGGCUUUCUGUUGUUGUGUUAAAACAUUGCUUAAUUCAUCUUGCUGUGACUGUCAGUGGUCUUCCCCUAUCUCAUGUAUUUUUGGAGCUUUAGUAAUAGUUUUUUUCCUGUUCUGAUAAACUUUUGAAGAAACAUGAAAAUGUAAAAUGUGUACCACAUUUGUGGUCAUUAUGCAAAUCUGUGUUAGAAUUGUUUAUGGUGCAGUUUAAACAAGUAUUCUACAUGCACUCCAGUUGUGUUCAAUAUCUGAAAAGUCAUGUACGCACUACUAUAUCCUGUGGUGUUGAGAUCGUCAUUAAGCAAAGGAUUGUGUUGAAAUCUGUGAAUUUUUGGAUGUAUUCAGUUUUAUUAUUUAUUUAAUUGUAAUUUAGAACUUUAUUUUAAGUAGUUAUAUGUUGUCUUAUGAACAUAAUUAAAUGUGUUUGUAAAAUAAAAUGAUUAUCAGCUGU